UUGAAAUAUCGCAGCAGAAAAUAUUACGAAAGGAAAGAUAAUCUUGCGCAAUAUAAGGAUGUUAACUUUUCGAUUUUUACUGUUAACAUUGCAUUAAUAGUAUAAAUAAUGCUAAAGUAGAUUAUAUAGAAAUGAAUUCGUAAAAGCUUCAUUAAUGAUUUAGAAAUUUGCCUUCUGUGUCCUACUUUCAUAACACGUUGAAAAUGCUUUUUUCUUUGAUAUUUCCAUCAUCGAUUAGUAUGAUAACAUCAAUGAAAUACACUCACAUUGUGAAUCGAGACGUAUUACCUACGAGUGAGUAAUUGUGACUCAACUAUAACCUUAAUUUCAUAGAUUUCGUUGACAGCAUCGUUAAAAACAUAUUUCGUAACGAACUGCAGGAUUUCGUAAGUAAUGCGCAAAUCGUAAAGACGAUUGAAUUAGUCGGUUACCAUACAAUAUAUUAUUAUAUGCAGUUUGGUAUAAACAUAUAUGUAUAUUUCUUAUAUAUUGUAAAUGCUAUUGUGACGAAAUUGUAAAUAAGAUAAGAUUAGAUUAUCUUGUCUCAUUUAUAUUUAACACUUUAUUUCUCCUUAUCCUGUUUGGAAUUACAUACCUAUCCUCAGAAGAGAUGUCUGUCCAGAAGGAAGAAAAUAUUUUGCAAAAAGUGGCAAAUUCUUGUUGCUUUUUUUCUAGUAAUUUUUACAAGGUAUUAUCAGAUGAAUUCGAUGGGAAUAUUAUAACAUCACCACUUAGUUUACAUACUAUACUGUCUCUACUUCAUCAUGGAUCAAAAGGAGUAACAUCUAAUGAAUUACAAACUGUUCUUUAUCCAAGCAGCAUUGAUGUCUCCCACAAUGAAAUAAAAUCUUUAAUUUCUAUAUUAAAUGAUAUAAAAGAGAUAGAACUACAAGUAGCCAAUGCAAUAUACAUGCAAGAUAAUUUUCAAAUACUCAGCGAAUUUACUACAGUGAGCAAAGAUGUUUUCAACUGUGGCCUAUCAAUAAUAAAUUUUAAAAAUAAAUUAGAAGCAAUCAAUGAAAUUAAUACAUGGGUCAAGAAAGCAACAAGAGACAAAAUUUCUACUAUUCUUUCCAAGGAUGAUAUUGAUGAAGAUACAAAAGCUAUUUUGAUAAAUGCAGUUUACUUUAAAGCUCGUUGGCUACAUAAAUUUGAUGAUAAGUUAAUUAAAAAUAUUUUUUUUCAUACAUCAAAAACAGAGAAAAAAUUAGUACCAAUGAUGUAUAAACGAUCCAAAUAUAUUUAUGGAGAAAUUUCAAAUUUAAAUGCACGUUUCAUUGAAAUACCAUAUAUAAAUCAAGAUAUUGCAAUGAUAAUACUGCUGCCCAAUGAAAUUAAUGGACUUGAAUUUCUGGAAAAAAAUUUUAAAUGGGAAGAUUUUUCUGAAGCAUCACGUAAUGAAAUAGACAUUGAAUUAUCUCUUCCCCGCUUUAAGUAUGAGAUUACAAUUGAUCUGGAAAAUAUUUUGCGCAAGAUGGGCUUACAUUCCAUAUUUGAAGAUACUGCAGAUUUUGGUAAUCUUACAAAUGAACCUGUAAAAAUAAGUAAAAUAUUACAAAAAGCUUUCAUUGAAGUUAACGAGGAAGGUUCAGAAGCUGCUGCAGCUACAGUCGCUCAGAUAAGAUUAAAAAGAGCAUUGAUAGAUUUUCCAGAAGAAUUUUUAGUCAAUCGUCCAUUUUUAUUUAUUAUUUAUCACAAACCAAGUAAAAUACCAAUAUUCUUUGGUAGUGUAAAAGAUAUUAACAUUCCUGUGGAAAAAGACGAAUUAUAAAAUAAUUAUUUUAUUUACAUCAUAUGUAUGUAGUACCUGUUCAUAAUGUUUCUAAUAAAAUAUAGAGUAUUUACUUUUUUAAUAA